AUGUCUGAGAGCACCAGAAAUGGCUCUAUCGAGCAGCCAACAGAGCAGCCAAGCAGUCUGUUUCUGAUCACGUCAGACGGCCGCACCCUCAGUCUUCCGAUAGCAAGUCCGUCACCAAGAGACCCCCUUAACUGGUCAAUCCGAUGCCGUUUCAUGAUUUUCUUUUCUCUGGCCAUCAUGGGCGGAAUUAGUGUCACGAUGCUGAACGCUCCUGCAAUUCUUCGAGGUGCUAUGGGGGUGGAGUUUGGCGAGAGGAGGAUGGCGCAGUUCGACGCUGCCACCGCUCUCCCCGACAUCAUGUUCGGAGUCGGUGUCAUUGUUUGGGCCCCUCUGUGUGUCGGGAUAGGGAGGCGACCGGUGCUGGUCUCAAACGCUGGCAUCUUGCUCCUCGGGCUUAUCUUGGCUUGGAAAGCGGCUACGGUUCCCAUGUUGAUGGCGGGAAUAUCGCUGCAGGGGUUGGCGGCUGGGGCGAUUCCGACUGCUGGACUUCUCAUGGCCAUUGAUAUAACCUACAUCCACCAAAGACCCCUGUCCAUCGCGCUCCUUUGGACGGUGGGACGCGGUACCACGUUUAUCAUACUGGCACUUGCCCCUCAGAUCCUCGAUCUGGAGCGCCAGUGGCGAGCAUUCUACUUCAUCGCAAUGUGUUGGGCUUUUUUGGCUCUGCUCUUGGUCUACUUUUGGUGUCCCGAGACGUACUUCCUCCGGCCGCCGGUGGCAUUUGAUGGGAGGAUACUUGUGCAGACGGGACACGAGAGGAUCAAGAUCUACGACGAGUGGUCGCAGGUCCCCGGCGCGGGCGCACACGAGAGCAGGCCUCUUCCACCCCUCCCCAUGCCCCUCCAACCGCUCGAACUACCGCCUCUACCUCUGAUGGACGUGGGUUCUAGCAGAUCCGGCACCACCGAGAACAAGUCCAAGUACAUGGCCACGUCGACCGUCCGCUCCUACGAGCCUAGUCUCUUCUCCUACCCUACCGUCAGCACCAGCGCCAGCAGCCGCCGAGCCGAAAAGUUCCGCGGCAAGUUCCGCCGCAUCCCGGGCCUUCCCGGGGUGAAGCGCGCACAGCGUUCGUCAUGGCGCGGCGCCGCCGCCGUCCCCGUCCAGAUGGUGCUCUGCCUCGCCAACCCGCUCGUGUUCUGGGUCAUCAUGCACAAAACGGCGAGCUUCCUGGGGACCAUUGUGAUCCGACAGGCGCUACCCAAGGUCCUGCACUCCCCACCCUACAACAUGUCGACCGCGACGGCCGGCUACGUCGACUUUGCCGCGGCGCUGGGCUGCUUCGUCUCGAUGCCGCUGACGUACAUCACCACGAACCGCAUGCUGCACCGGCUGACGUGGCGAAACAAGGGCGUGCGCCGCGCGUCCUACUACCUCCCCGGCUUCGUCCUGCCCGUCACGGCCGGCUUCCUCGGGAACCUGCUUUUCGGCCUGUCUGCCGCCCCCAUCGGCUCUCCAGAAUACGUGAGCAAGUUCCACCACUGGACCGUGGUGUCGACGGCCUGGAUGCUGACGCAGAUCGCCUUCACGGGCGAGUCGAUCGUCUCGACGCUGUGGGUCACCGAGGCGUUUCCGCAGUGGGCGGCCGGGGCGCUGGCGGCCGUCUCGGGGCUCAACUUCAUGUUCGCGGUCGGCGUCAACACCGCCGUGCCCAGGUGGCUGGAGAGCCAGGGCCAGCUCAAGAUGAACCUCGAGAUCGCCGUCGCCAUCCUGGUGGCCGGCGGCCUGGGCAUCCCGUUUGCGUUCUGGGGCAAGAGGAUGCAGCAGUACCUCCCCGGGAGGCAUGGUGCUUUCAUGACGGGUGCUCUGCGUCCUCAAUGA